AUGGUUCGUCUUGGAUAUACCUCUGUUGCUGCAGCCCUUGCUGGGCUGAGCGUUGCGGCUCCCGCUCCGCUGGCACGUCGGGAUGUUUCGCCCGAGGUCCUGCAGCAGCUGACACUGUUCGCGGAAUAUGCUGCGGCAUCCUACUGCACCCCAAACAUCGACUCGACUGGCGACAAGGUGACAUGCGCCACCGGAAACUGCCCGACUGUCCAAGCGGCGGACACAACAACAUUGUCUGAGUUCUAUGAGGAGUGCGAGUAUGGCGAUGUUGCGGGAUUUGUGGCCGCCGACACGACCAACAGCGUGAUCGUCGUGUCUUUCCGUGGAAGCCGGACGCUGGACACAUGGAUCGCGAACCUCGACUUUGGCAAGGACCCAGUCGGUCUGUGCAGUGGGUGUGAAGUCCAUGGCGGAUUCUGGAGGUCAUGGGAGGUCGUCGCAGAUGACAUCACCUCUGGCGUCGAGUCUGCUCUCGCUGCCUAUCCCGGAUACACUGUUGUCUUCACAGGCCACAGUUUCGGCGGCGCCAUUGCUACACUUGGUGCGGCGCAGUUGCGUAAUGCGGGGUAUGCCAUUGAGCUCUACCCAUACGGAAGCCCCCGCGUUGGUAACGAGAAACUGGCCCAAUAUAUCACCAACCAGGGGAGCACCUACCGCGUCACACACACCAACGACAUUGUCCCUCGACUUCCGCCAAUGUUGUUCGGCUUCAGCCACACUAGCCCCGAGUAUUGGAUCACUAGCGACAAUGGUGUGACCCCGACCACGGCGGAUGUUCAGGUCAUCGAGGGCGUUGGAUCGAGGGAGGGCAAUGCCGGAGAGAUUAUUCAGUCCACCGAGUCACAUAGCUGGUAUUUCAUUGAUAUUUCCGCGUGUCAGUGA